ACAGACAACCUCCAUGGAUACUGCUCCGCCGUCGCAUCGAUCCGAACCCAGAAACCGAACAAAAUCAUCUUCAAGGCUUUCAAAACUGCGUCAAAUCGAUGACCAAGAAGGUGAGAUUGGUGAAUCAUCCCCUUCCAAAGUCGCUCUUGAAAGUGCCACUUCAGUCCCAAAUCAAGAGCUCUUACUUCUCUCCCCUUCGCCUAAUCGGAAAUCGAAGAUCCAGAAGUUUGAAAUGGGCGAUGAUGGUGCGGAGGCAGUUGGGGUUCGCAGGAGAUGCAGGAAUAGGAACGCUGCUGCAGUUUGUGCGUCUCCGAGGAAUAAUCGGAGAUUGAGGAAGCGGUUAGAUCAAGAUAUGGUGAGAGAAGAGAAGGAUUUGGGCGCUGGAGAGGAGGCCAUUAAACCUAGAAAGAAGCGGCAAGCUGUCAGAUCCAAGAAGGAUAAGCUUAGCGUAGUUCCUUCAGUCCCUUCUCCAAAAUCAACUGAAAGUGAAGGGGUGAAUCUUGAUAGAAUUGGGCAGCUGAUAAAUGAUCUAUUGAUGUGGAGAGAUCCUGCAAGAUCAACCCUUUGGUUUGGUUUUGGGUCUCUCUGCUUCUUAUCUUCCUGUUUUGCCAGUGGAGUUAACUUUAGCAUUUUCUCUGUUAUAUCUCAUCUGGGACUUCUGUUUCUGGCUGUGUCAUUCAUCUUGAAUUCACUCCGGCCAAGAGAAAAUGCUGAAACUAAGACUGAGAUUAAGCUAAAGGAAGAUGACAUUUUGAGAGUUGGUAGAUUCAUACUUCCAGCAGUAAAUCUUGCAAUUUCAAAAACCAGAGACUUGUUUUCAGGAGAGCCUGCCAUGACCCUUAAAGUAGUGCCAUUCCUGUUGGUUGGAGCUGAGUAUGGCCAUCUGCUAACUCUAUGGAGGCUAUGUGCACUUGGGUUUUUCAUUAGCUUCACUGCUCCAAAACUAUAUUCAUCUUACUCUACCCAAAUAUGCAGAAAAGGUGAGUUCAUCAGAUCUUGGGCGAUGGACGCUUGGGGUGCUUGCUCUCAUAGGAAGAUGAUAGCAGGGUUAGCACUGUCUGCCUUUUGGAACCUGACCACUGUCAGGACCCGUGUUUUUGCAGCAUUCAUAUGCCUGGCAGCAAUCAGAUACUAUAAACAACAUUCAGGAGGAGGUCGGGUUGAAGAAGUCACGGUAGAAGAAGAACAAGAACAGCAACAAGAACAAGAAAAAGAAGAAGAAGAAGAAAAACAAGAGAAUGAUCACAAGGAAUUGAUUGGGUUAGGAAGUGAAUCCCACAAGUAACUCUUGUGCUGAGAUUUUAGUGAAAAAACAUCAUAAUGUUCAUGGCUUUCCUAAUCAUCUUAUAAUUUCUUCUCUUAUAUUUCUAAAAAUUCUUUUUUUUUUUUUCCUAAUCCAAAACCUAUCCCAUAAAGAAGCAAAUUUGAUACACAAGAUAUCAGAGGUAACAUUAGACACUAGAAAAUGUGCUGUAUUAUCAUCAUCCAAAUGGUCACAUGGUAACACAUUUAACACCAGAAAAAAAAUGAGAACUAUGGCCUCUAAAUUUCCUUCACAAAUUUAUCGGGCUGAUACAGUCUGUACUGAAGCAGGCACUAAACCAUAGGAAACGGUUAACAAAACGAGUGUAGCUAAGGAAAUGACUUGAUCUGAUCGCACAUAGAUAAGUACCCGCUGUGGCAGCAACUGGCAGGAAACUUGAUGGAACCCUUGUAGGACACAGAACAUGGAUCAUACAUCAUCAUUGCAAGC